AUGUUCAGCGGAACCACCAAGUGUCAGAGGAACCACCAAGUGUCAGAGGAACCACCAAGUGUCAGAGAAACCACCACGUGUCAGUGGAACCACCACGUGUCAGUGGAAUCACCACGUGUCAGAGGAACCACAGGUGUCGGAAGAACCACAAGUGCCAGAGGAACCACAGGUGUCGGAAGAACCACAAGUGUCAGAGGAACCACAGGUGUCAGAAGAACCACAAGUGUCAGAGGAACCACAGGUGUCAGAAGAACUACAAGUGCCAGAGGAACCACAAGUGUCAGAGGAACCACAAGUGUCAGAGGAACCACAAGUGUCAGUGGAACCACCACGUGUCAGUGGAAUCACCACGUGUCAGAGGAACCACAGGUGUCAGAAGAACCACAAGUGUCAGAGGAACCACAAGUGUCAGAGGAACCACAAGUGUCAGAGGAACCACCAAGUGUCAGUGGAACCACCACGUGUCAGUGGAAUCACCACGUGUCAGAGGAACCACAGGUGUCAGAAGAACCACAAGUGUCAGAAGAACCACAAGUGUCAGAGGAACCACAAGUGUCAGAGGAACCACAAGUGUCAGAGGAACCACCAAGUGUCAGUGGAACCACCACGUGUCAGUGGAAUCACCACGUGUCAGAGGAACCACAGGUGUCAGAAGAACCACAAGUGUCAGAGGAACCACAGGUGUCAGAAGAACCACAAGUGUCAGAGGAACCACAAGUGUCAGAGGAACCACAAUUGUCAGAAGAACCACAAGUGUCAGAGGAACCACAAGUGUCAGAGGAACCACAAGUGUCAGAGGAACCACAAGUGUCAGAGGAACCACCAAGUGUCAGUGGAACCACCACGUGUCAGUGGAAUCACCACGUGUCAGAGGAACCACAUGUGUCAGAAGAACCACAAGUGUCAGAAGAGCCACAAGUGUCAGAAGAACCACAAGUGUCAGAGGAACCACAAGUGUCAGAGGAACCACCGUGUGUAGUAAGAAGUCUCGGUUUAACAAACAAAAAUAGUGAGCAGUAUGAAUGGAAUUAUUGA